AUGAAGGUCCCUCAAACUUUCGAGGAACAAACGGAAUGCAUCGUGGAUACCCUGCUCACCGACUUCCUGGGCACAGCACCAAAGGUUUCCAACCGGUGUCUACAAUGUUCAGAUCAACCAGACUCAGGAGAACCUUGCCCUUUUGACGUGGCCAUCGUUGCUGGUCGCCUUCGGAUGCUGGGGGACCAGUUCAAUGGAGAAUUGGAGGGCUAUGUCAAAAGCAUCAUUGAAGACACCACUCAGGGACAGGUGGAAGCUAAACUCAAGGAUGCAGUGAAAUCACUCAGCACGACCUGGUGUGCUCAGGAACCCAGCUUAGCCUAUGAGAAAGCCUUUUUGGGAGUGGCAGUGAAAUUUCUUGAGUGUGUGGCUCGCAUGGCCCCAACAAUGGCAAGGCUGGUGGCCUCCCCUGUGAUAAAUAUGAUCAAUGGGAACAAUGACAUCCGGGGGUUUAUCCAAAGCCAGGGAGGUUGGGAAAAUCUGGAGAGCUGAAGAAGUGGAACGAUUUCCCAACCUGGACGACAUCGUCUCCUCUUUGAGCUGGUGAUUCAAG